AUGUUUGCAGAUGAUCGCGGAAAGCUCAGUAAAUUUGGAAAAUACUUUGAAAAUUACUAUUGUGCUAAUAAGAUGUCAUGGGCAUACUGCUACAGAUUAUAUUCAGGUAUAAACACCAAUAUGCACCUAGAAAGUAUGCAUAAAGUGUUAAAAUAUAUUUAUCUUGAAGGAAGAAAAGUAAAAAGACUGGAUAAAGCUGUGCAUGCUAUUCUAAAUUUUAUUCGCGAUAGGCUUAUAACUUUAAACAGAGACUCUUCAAUUUCGUGGAAUAUGUGUAAACAUGUUCAUUUAUUGGGGAUGUUUCUCAAAGGACAACUUAGUACAAUUGAAGAAAGAGAAGAUAUUGGUGACAUGGUAAUUGAUUGUGAUCCCAGAACAGUGGAGGAAAAUAUUAUAUUGAAGUCCCUCAAAAAUCCUUUGUCGAAUGAAUCUCAUGACUUAAAUAAUAAUGUGGAUGCAGCAAAAUCUAACACAAUAAGACUAUUUAAUGAAAUUAUGUCUAUGGUUACAACUGUUGAAGAAAGUAAGUUCGUGGAAAAGGCUUUGUUGCCACUGCCCCAUGUUUUAUCUAGCAAAUCUUAUGGCAGCAAUGUUUUUAUAAAUACUGACUUUUGUCAAAGAGAACCUUCAAAUAAACAUAUUGAACCCCAAAGAGGAAAAAAACGAAAAAAUGCUUUAGGAAAUACAAAUCAGUUAAGUGAAGAUUCAGAAAGGAAAACAGAAAACAAGUAUCUCACUUUUAGUGAAAAAUCAGUGGAAGCAGCUAAAACAUGGCAUGAAUUAGAAGAAAAGAAAAAAAAAGAAUACAGAGUCCUAUGUGCGAACAACUCUGCGACUGUUAAAACCACUCUGCAUAAUGGACCUCAACAUUUAUGCAGCAUUUGUGGUCGGAAUUUUAAAGCUGCAUGCCGUCUAAGAUUCCACAGCAAAACAUGUGGAAGUAUGAACUUAGAAUGCCCAACUUGCCAAAAACUCUUCAAAACUCCAGAAGGGAUUCAGAAACACCAACGUUUUGUCCACAACAAAGAACGGCUGAUUUCUUGUCCAAAAUGUAUCAAACAAUUUAUAUGUCCUGCAGAUUUAAAGGCUCAUUUUAAUAUACAUGAAGGUGUACGGUUCAAAUGCGACCAUUGUGAUUCGACAUUCUCAAAUAUUUCAAAUAAAAAAAAACAUAUUAAAAAAUAUCAUUAA